GUUCUACCAGAACCCAGAUGUGUUCUUCCUCCUAAGUCCAUUAAGGUGAUAAGCCUGGACCCUCCUCUCAGUUAUUGUCGCGUCAUCCGAAGCUGAAUGAACAUCUGUGGAUAAGAUCAGUGACGAGUAGCAGGACUCCGCCUCCAGCUCGGACUGACCUCAGCGCUCUGGGAUGAUGCUGAACACCUGAUGUCUUACCUGAGUUUUCAGAUGGCGGAGACUGUGAAGUACGUGGACGACGAGCACAAGAGCAUCUUCCUGAAGCUGCUGAAUGAGCAGCGGCUGGAGGGCGAGCACUGCGACAUCGCCGUGGUGGUCGAGGACGUCAAGUUCCGCGCUCACCGCUGCGUGCUCGCCGCCUGCUCCAACUACUUCAAAAAACUCUUCAAGAAACACGAGGUGGACAACUCGUCGGUGAUUGAGAUCGACUUCAUCCGCUCCGACAUCUUUGAGGAGGUGUUGAACUACAUGUACACAGCCAAGAUCUCCGUAAAGAAGAGAGACGUCAACCUGAUGAUGUCCUCGGGACAAAUCCUCGGCAUCCGCUUCCUCGACAAACUCUGCUCCCAGAAACGAGACGUGUCCUCGGAGGACAAAGAGAAGUUUCCGUACGACAUCGUGAAGAUGGCGCUGCCGCCGGAGGCCCAGCUGGCUGCUGACUCUGAGGUGCUUGGCGAGCACGAUGACACGCCCACCACGGAUGACCUCGUGGAUGCAUCGACCAAUCAGGAGCUGGACAAGUCUCCGAGUGCUGCGCUGCGUGUACAGGAGGCCAUCUUGAAAGAACUGACCAAUGAGGACGUGCACAAGGUGACCUGCUACGACCAGGACGUGGUGACGGAGAUGGAGGCAGAGCCGAAGGAGCUGGGGGCGGAGCAUCACGCCACCCAGACGCUGACGUUUGCAGACAGUAUGGGGGAGGUGAAGGACGAGCAGCCGCCGGGGUGGUCCACUGCCACCACCGACAUGAAGUUUGAAUACCUGCUGUACGGACACAGAGAGCAGCUCGCCUGCCAGGUGUGUGGGAAGACCUUCCUGGACGAAAGCAGACUCAGGAAACACGAGAAGCUUCAUUCAGCAGAGCGUCCCUUCGCCUGUGAGAUCUGCACCAAAGCUUUCACCACCCACGCUCACCUGAAAGAACACCUGAAGAUCCACACAGGCUUCAAACCGUACAGGUGUGACGUUUGUGGGAAAUCGUUCAUUCGAGCUCCAGACCUGAAAAAACACGAACGGGUUCAUAGUAACGAACGACCGUUUGCCUGUCAGAUGUGUGACAAGGCGUUUAAACACAAGUCUCACCUGAAGGAUCAUGAGAGGAGACACAGAGGAGAGAAACCUUUCGUCUGUCCGUCCUGCACCAAGGCCUUCGCUAAGGCGUCUGACCUGAAGCGUCACGAGAACAACAUGCACAGCGAGAGGAAACAGCUGAACCCACUGCAGAGUGACACGGAAACGCUGCAGGCCGCCGCCAUGGCUGCUGAGGAGCAACAUCUGGACACCAUCAGCUGCUCCUAACAUCUGGA